CUCACUUGCAGCUGUCAGGUCUCUUGUUCCAAAAUGUGAGAGAGAGAGAGAGAGAGAGAAACAAAUUGUUACACAGGGAAGGAAGUCUUUCCUCUGCAAAACUUAGCAAUAAGCUGCAAGAAACUGCGACCUUCACACUCAGCGUCAGGACGCAGAGCUAAAAAGAAGACUUGAUCCAGACGCUAUCUGCCAAAUGCCUGGGACGAGUGACUUCCCAACACAAUGAACGUGAAGUUUUCGUCAACAUUCAGGCCCAGCCAGCCAACUGCCAGCAGCCUUGAGGAGAGAACACUGAAAUUAAGGGAUAUUGGAACCACAACGAAUUUGAGAAAGAAGCUGCAGCAGAAAACCGCAUAAUUCAGGUUGACUGAAUUUUAAUGAAUCUCGUUGAGUUAAAUAAUUCAAAGUGGAGCAGCCAAAAGAACCAGAUUCUACUCCAAGCAAGUUGAACGGAGUGACCAAAAAUGAGGGUGUGGACCAGAACGCUGACCCAGGUCAUCGGAACACUGACAUUUCCACCACGAAGAAUGACUGUGUGACCACGGAAAUGAAAGCUCCAUCCCUACUGCCCGAGCAUCCACUGCCACCUCUUACUGAACGGAAGAAUGUUCUCCAACUCCGACUCCAGCAACGCCGAACUCGUGAGCAGCUAGCAGACCAAGGCAUCAUGCCCCCACUGAAGAGUCCAGCUGCAUUCCAUGAACAGAGGAAAAGCCUGGAAAGAGCCAAGACAGAGGACUACUUAAAACACAAGAUUCGGAGUAGACCUGAGAAAGCAGAUCUAGUUAAUAUGCAUAUACUACAAGACACAGCUGCAGAAGGUACACUUCAAGCAACUCAAAUGAAACUCAAAAGGGCUAGGCUAGCUGAUGAUCUCAAUGAGAAGAUAGCCCAAAGACCUGGACCCUUGGAACUCGUGAAGAAGAAUAUAAUUCCUGUAGAUUCAGCCGUCAAAGAGGCAAUCAAUGUUGGCCAAGUUAAUUUCCCGAAAGCCCCCGAUACGUUUUCCUUUGAGGAAGACAGCAGCAAUGAUGCACUGUCUCCAGAGCAACCCAGAAGUCAGGAAUCCCAGGGAUCAGAAAGUUCGCCGUCUGAGCCAAAAUUCACAGAGUCAUCGUCACCUCUAGCAACUACUACAAUACAGUAUCUGCCUCACCUCUCCCAGCAGUGUGAUCCAAACAGGACUACAUCUAGCAACCAGAUCAACCAGCCAGGAAGCCAAAAGCAGCUGAAUGGGCAGAUUAGCACACCAAUACCAGUGCCAGCUAUAGUUAAAACAAAACCAUCCCCUGAUGGAAAAAACCAGCGCCACAAGAAGCCAAAGGAUACAAAACCAAAGGUGAAGAAACUGAAGUAUCACCAAUACAUUCCACCGGAUCAAAAGCCAGAAAAGUCCCCACCUCCAAUGGAUUCAGCCUAUGCCAGGCUGCUCCAGCAGCAACAGCUAUUCCUCCAGCUGCAGAUAUUAAGCCAGCAGCAGCACCAUCAACAGCAUCAUUAUAACUAUCAGAACAUUCUGGCCACAUCUCUAAAGCAGUCUGGUGAACAGCUUUCCCGAAACACUUGCACUUCAACGACUACUGCCUCAAGCAGCAGUUUGUCCCCAGUGAAGUCUGCAAUGUCCAGUCAAACCAGUGGCCCUCCUUUGAAACUUGGACCUCUUCCAUCCAAUCUGGAUGACUUAAAAGUAUCCGAGUUGAGGCAGCAGCUGAGAAUACGAGGUCUACCAGUGUCUGGUACGAAAACCGCACUCAUGAAGAGGCUGAAACCGUUCCAAGACUCAAAGAGCAGCCCCCUGCCAGCCAGCAGUACCAGCACCAGCUCGUCAGGGUCGGUCAGCGAGAUGACGGCCGUGACUUUCCCGAUGACUCCCGUGACCACUCUAUCAACCUUUCAGACUCAGACCGCGACCACAGUGUUGCCCAACGGAUUUUACCCGUUUGGCAGCACCAGCUCGACACCUCCCAUUUCCCCGGCGUCGUCCGAUCUCUCUGUCACCGGAUCUGACUUGAGCGGGUUGCCAGAUACCUUCAGCGAUGUGCCUGUGCCUUCCCCCGUUCACCUUAGUGCUGAAGACAGCCUGAUGAGUAGCAUGAAUGGAGGCAGCGUCCAAGUGGAAAUGGACGGCUUUGACACCCAUAAGGACAAAAUGCUCAUGGAGAAGCAGAAAGUUAUCGAUGAACUGACCUGGAAGCUCCACAUGGAGCAAAAGCAAGUGGAGGAAUUGAAGAUACAACUUCAGAAGCAGAAACAGAAUAACCAGCAUGACCCACAGGCAUCCUCCCAGUCACUCUUCAGUGUAGCUGUUAAGCAGGAAAACCUGAUGUCCAGUUGUCCAUUUGCAGCACAGCAGGUGAAUGAUAGAAAUGCAACCCCGAUGAUAUCCUCCACAUCCAGCAACAGUUCUACAGAGAACCUGAACACGUCCGGUACCCCAUCGGGAAUGGCUAACAGCCAGGCAUGCGUGGAAGCUGUAGAGCACAAUGCAGUGAGGUCUCCGCCAUUUCUGAGUCCACAGUGCUCCCCUCAGCAUUCUCCAGUGGGAGGCCUGACCAGCAGCCCUCAGCAUGCCAGCCUUCCCCCAUCUCCAAACAAUCACUUCCUCCUGCCGGUGUCACCUGGCCCCCAGAACGGAGACGGUCGCAGUGUUUCACCCCGUCAGCUUCAGCCCAUUCCGGCUUGCAACAGCCAACUCAAGAUGCAGGCCACAAAAGGACAGGAGCCUCAGCACCAAAAUGGUAGCCCACAAUUCCAACAACAGCUCCAACAACAUAUAAUACGACAGCAGAUACUCAGAAAGAUGAAUGCUUCUCACUCUGCAAAUCAACAUGGCCAAAAGUUUGUCAUCAAUACUACUCAAUUCUGUAGUUCAAACUCAACCCUUAACAAGAUCAAACAACCUCCUUCGUAUGAAGAUGCAGUGAAACAGUUUAAUCUUGUAUAUCUGCAGCAAAUGUCGAGAAGCCAGAUGGAUGAUCUUUUGGACGUGCUGAUUGAGAGUGGAGAAAUGCCACCAAAUGCAAAAACUGACCAUCAUUGUGCUCAGAAAACAUUGCCUCAAAUCACGGUAUCGUCAGGAACUUCCACUGUAUCUGUGCCUAGGACAUCGUCAAGUCCUUUUAGCCGCAUGUCUCCUCCCCAGCUAUCAUUUGACCAUUGCACCAGCAACAGCGACAAUCAGCUUCAGGCCCUGUUGAAUUCCCGCAGCUCUUUGAAUCGGGGCAGCGAUCUUGCAUUGCUUAAAAUUGGCAGUGAAGAUUCCCAGCUAGACAACGUGGCCGAGGGCUAUUCUGGCAACGCCCGAGAGGACAUGCUGAAUACUCGAGACAUUCUGGAAAACCCCCUGUCACCGAUGGAUACCCAGAUGUCACCGUCCCCCACGCAUGCCCAUGUUGUGAACCUCGGUCUUACAGAAACUCCCUUAGAGAACAUGGACUGGUUGGAUCUCACACCACCUAGCUCAGCAGCUGGUUUUGGAUCUGCUGGCUCCACCACACCAAGCAUCUUCUCUGCAGACUUCCUGGAUGUUACAGAUCUGAACUUAAACACAACCAUGAAUUUACAAUGGUAAUAUGCAGAAUCGGCUAAAAACUAUAAGUAUGUUUGACGCCAUUCAAAUUGGGGUGUUAGAUAAAAUACAAGUAUACUGCUAAGGUAUACCAGUCAAAGAAGCCAUGUUGGCAAAGGUAAAGUCAAUGAAAUGAUCAAAUUGAUCAACCAUAAGAUGAUUACUCUAUGGUUGUUGCAUGUCGUAAUAUCCAGGUUACUGAAAGUGUUAAAAGCUUUAUAAAGUGCAUUCACCGCGUUUUACUGGAAGCAAAGUGAACAUAAAGUCCAUUGCCAAAGAGUCUACAUCUAAAUCUGACUGAAUUGGCAGGAAAGGUCUAAAAGGACUGAGAAUAUUGGCCAACUCUCAUUCUGGCCUCGUGCACACAAUCUGCAUUAUAUCUUUUGUACAUAGUCUACAUUUGCUCAUAUCUUUUGCAAGACUUUUUAUAACUUUUAUCGAGAAAAGGAUUCUUUACUAGACAAGCAAUAUUUGCUAUCCUGAAUAAUGGAAAGUAUUACAAUACUGGCGUCUUUUCUGAACCGCAUUUGCAAUGUCACACUACUUUAUGCAAGUAUUUGAUUAUUUGUAUUGUGAAUAUGUUAUGGUUCACUUUGCACAGUUAACAGUAGAGGAGUUGUCACUGUUUGCCUUCUUUUUAGACGUUUUUAGGUGUUAAAAUGUUAGAAGCCAUUCCAUGCAGAUGUUUGGUAGUUUUUUCAAAAAUUAAUAAGUUUAUGAAAAUGUGCAGUGUAUUGCUUUGCAUUACAGAUGCUUUCUAAUAGACUUGGUAGUAUUUGAGGGUGUUGGAGGAAGGAGGUCAUGUUUGAUAUUUAAUGAAGCAACAUGCCAACCCCUGUCCCUCCCCCAUGCCCACACCCCCAAAAAGGGUACCACUUUGUCAAAAGUGGUAAAUUAUCCAAUCAUUUUUUUGUAAAGAAAGCAAAACCAAGGUUAAAAAAAAUUGUUUGUGCUGAGGUUGUGAUUCCCUACGAGCAUAGGAAAAUGUUAAACCUGAGUUCAAUGCACAGUAGCAAGCCAGCAUCAGACUUGGUAUGAUAUGCAAUUGUUUUACAACUAACUUGGGAACUGACCAACAAAAACUAUUUUUUUAUAUUUUCCACAAGUAAUCUUGAGGCCCAUAAUUUAAAAAAAAUAAGGAAAUGAAAAAUCGAUUCUAACGGGAACAAGAAUGAAUUAAAAUUAGACAUCACCUGUUUCAAUCCUUGUCUUAGUGUAAAGAAAAUAGUCUAUUUUUGGUAAUUUUUAUUCAAGGCAACAAAGUGCUCAACAAAAAGUAUUUUCGUAUCAUUUUGUAUCUUGUAUUAUCCCUUUCUACAAUGAUAUUUAAAUGAAAAGAACUUCACAUUGCCUCUUUUGAAUGGCAUACUAUACAGAAAUCUCUGGCCAAUUCACGAUUGUGAAGUUUGAGGAAGAUCUUUUCCAAAGGAUUUGCUUGUUUCCCCUUUCUAGUAGUAGUGUGGCUGGUAUAAAAAUAAUAAUGGCCUAUUCGCCCUAAUUAAUUCAUUAUUUUCAAAAAAAAUUUUUUAAAAGCAUAAAAGGUAUUGUGCAGUUAAUUAGUAUUUAAUGCUCACAAUGUUUUAUCCUGCCAUUCCUUAUGAUUAUCUAGUUUACCUAUUUGCUGACUACUUGCACAGACUUCUUCAAACAAUCAGUAAAAUGCACAGAUCAUUUUGAAAAAUGGAUGAUAGGAAUCAAAAUGAUUGAAAGGGAUAGACAAUCAUCUUAAAAGUACAUCAACCCAAGAGCAGCAAUUCAUGGUCCAAGUUCCUUAUUUAUUCUCCCUCUUAAUCUCUAAUAUUUCCUGAAAUGCCUUUUUGAGUUCAAUAAUGCCUAUAAGGUAUGAAUGAUCAUUCUAACCUACAUUUAAUUAUAUCCCAUUCCAAUGUUAACACAUUGUCUUGUGUGACUCUGUGAUAUGACAGUGGUUGCUUGUAAACUGGAUGAAACACAUGGGCUUUAGCAUCCCUUGCACACUCGUAUAAUUGAUAACAACAGUACAUUUUUGACAGUUAAAUUGCUUAAUCCCAUAUCAAUGUUUUGAACAAUUUACAAGUCUAUCCAUGCCUGGAAAUCGUUCUUGUGCUGUAUUGCAGAAAAUGUUUCCUACUGAUUUUGCAGCCUCUGUAUGGGAGACUUACAAAGCAAAUGCUGUCUCUUUUUCUUUAAAGCAAUGGUGAUCAAUGUUCGACUAUUGCAACGUACUGGAGCAAACUUUAUAGCAUAUUCCAAAUCCAAAGUGCUGCAUCAGGUUUCAUUUAAUCCUGAAAUUCUCGAGCUCACUUCUUUCAAGCCCUGCUUCUCAUGCAUUAAGUUUAUAAAUCCAAGAUGUCACUAUUAGGAGGUAAAGAGUUAUCUGUUUUUACAGAAAUACUAAAACAUUUGUCUACAGCCAUCAAAAGAAUCUUUGCACAAUUUAAAAGGCCAGCAAGCAGAUCUCCUGAUGGAUGACAGGCUAAAAAACAAAUAUGUAGAUGAAAGGUUUGAAACCAAGAGAAUUGUUGACUUGAGCAGCAAUGUGAGACUAUGUGUUCUCCUACUGUAACAGCCCUAGUCAGAAAUACGAGAAUCAAAAGUCAUUCACGACCAGCAUUACAAUGGCUUUGUUUGUGUAUUGACAUUAUGAUGCUUUUCCAAUUGGAAAAUAUAUUGACCAAAUCAAUUUUUGAAAAGAACAUUAUUUUAUUUUGGCACCCCAACCCCUCUACUGUAUCACGACCUAAUUCUGAAAUAUCAAAAUUGAUCAGCAAAUGGAACAAAGUAGGUAAACCUCAAACUAUCUAAAUUUACUACUAAUUUGGAAAAUUGCAAAAAUGACAAAGUAUGGUCAGGUUUCUGAGACCCCUAUCUAAGGGAGGGCAUUGCCCAUUGACUUCAAAGAAAGCUGCCCGAAGGAAGUAGUCGUCUCUGUGACAUAAUCUUCCCUUUCCAGCUGGCAAUUCACAUCAAACACCAGGGAAUAUCUUAGUGUAAACUUCAAAGAUGCCAACCAGCAAGUAAAUAGCCAAUACAUUUGAAAUAUUCUCUCAUAUCCAGCUAGGAAGUUAAACACAUCUGAUGUUCUAUGAUUUUAAAAUUUCAGAAAGCAAAGUAAAUGAUUAUGACUGAAUUGAGAUCGAAGCUAAUACAAGCUUCAAAAAAGAAAAAUAGAAACACGGAAUUUCUUAUCCUAAUGGAAAAUAUAAACAUUCCCCAAAAUUUAACUUUCUUUUAGGGCCAAUGAUUUUGGAACUGCACUAGUUAUGAAGUGAUGCCACUAAAAACCCAGUUACAUUCAAAAAUAUAUAAAUUUAUCAGUAGUUUUUAGAGUGAAACCAACACUAGUGGAAUUUCGUGUAAAUUCAAUAGAUUUCCAUUGACUGCAGUUAAAAUUGCACGCUUUGGAAAAGCAAACUAUUACAGACAGCACAGACUGGAUUUUGUGUAAUAUUCUGUGUACAUACAAACUCCUACAGUUGUUGAGAAUUUCAGUGGAAUGAUGCCGUUGAAUGCUGACUGUUUCACAGUGAUUGCUACUGCAAAAUCUGGGCCUGUGUAUUCGAAGCAACUGUUUUAGAAGUAGUUGUCAGUAGAGUGACUUGAGCCAUCUCAAAAAAUUAUUAACGUAAUCAUAAUUGGCAGCAAAAGGCAGGAACUGAAUGGAUUCUUUCGAGUAACAUUUUUGUAUUAGUUGCAUAAUUUCAAACCAAAGUCUCAAAGUGCACAUAAGUAAUUUCCGUUUCUGAUGUGGUGUGCAUUAUCUCACCCUGUAAGGCCACGUCCCUUUUUCCUUUAAGCUCAGAAAACCUGUAUAGAUGUUAAAGUAAACCAAACCAAAUCUAAUAGAGGUACCACUCAAGUUAAAACAAAAAACAAUUUGAAACAGCUUGCCAGCAUAAAACACUAUUAAGCUUCCCAACACAACUCAAAUCAGAAUCAAAUGAACUGAGUUAACAAAGCGUCAAGCUGGAUGAACACAGCAGGACAAGCAGCAUCAAAGGAGCAGGAAGGCUGACAUUUCAGGCCUAGACCCUUCUUCAGGGUCAGCCUUCCUGCUCCUCUGCUGCAUGGUCUGCUGUGUUCAUCUAGCUGUACGCCUUGUUAUCUCAGAUUCUCCAGCAUCUGCAGUUCCUGGUAUCUCUGAAACAAAUGAACUGAGUGUUUGUUGCAGAUUUAACUUGAGCUGAAUGAACAGUCUUCCAAUCUGGAAAAGAAACCUACUCUUCCUAGUAACAUCAGUGAGUCCCUGGUAAAACAACAACAGCAGUCAGUUAUACCGCUGAUCUGUCUUACUCAGGUAUCACAUUGCCAAGACAACAACUCACCACCCCUUACUAAGCUCAGUCUCCUUUCUUGGUUCAUCAACUCAAGGAGCAAAUAAUGUUGAGCCCAUUGGAACCAUGCAAGGAAACCUCAAUGUGAUUGCACCUCAACAAUAAUCUAGAUGCCUUGUUUUCCUGUUGCAGCAUAUUCCACCUCCACACCAUAAAAGGCAAAACAUACGAUAUAAAAACUGAAAAAGAACUGUGGAUGCUGUAAAUCAGGAACAAAAACAAAGUUGCUGGAAAAGCUCAGCAGGUCUGGCAGCAUUUGUGAAGGAUAAAACAGAGUUAACGUUUCGGGUCCGGUGACUCUUCCUCAGAACUUAAGUUUUUUUUUGUGCAAAAUGUACAGUAUUUUAUAUUGUACAUGAUUGUGGUGGUUCUUCAAUUGGAACUAAGUUAUACACCCAUUCAAAAAUUAUUUUCUCUUCCUGGUGUUGGCUGCUCAUACUGGAGGCCUGUGCCAUUCCAGAGAUAGGCAAUCUAUAUUCAGAUAGUGCAUCAGAAAUAUAGUAGGGCAUCACCAGUUGACUUAUUCUCUUAUAUUUUUCCUUCCUUAAUCCUAUACAGUCUGCUUGUUAUUAGACAUUUUCUAUGCCCAUGUUUUAUAAGUGUUACCCAAUCAGAAUUGACAAGCAGUGCAUACGAUGUGGUAACAUUGCUGAUGUAAAACUGCAGCUUGCAUGUUACUUUUGAUUGCAUCAAGAUAAAGAGGCAUGAUCAGAAUUCCACCUUUUAAAUCCAUAUGACCAAACUGUUACCUGUGAAAUUCUUCACCAAAUAUCUUCCAUAUUAAACCUGAAGUCAACACAUUGGGUAAAAGAAGCCCAGCUCUACCUCUCCGUGACCUGACCUCUACCUGUGGCAAAAAUCGCUGUAAGUUAAAACACUCAAGGUUCUCACAUUUAAAAUGAACUCAUUUGUUUCAAAUCCAGUGAUAAGUAACAUCUUACAUGGGGUUUUACAUACAAGUAUGGAAUUGAGCAGCAAGGGAAACUGGAGAUCUGCCUCUCUGAACAAGUAAUUGGUACAAACAGCACAACUACAGUUUCUAGAGUGUUGCCACUGGUUCAUUGAGUUUUACUAUGCAUCAUUAAAAGCACAUAGUUGUUUAUAGUAAAUACUAAAAAAUUAAAUUGGACAAUUCAAUAUAUGGCAGUUUUGUUUUGCUAUUUACUGCCCUCUUCUUUUCUUUACCUUUGAUUUUCCUUACGCAGCUCGUAGACUGGUGCCAUUAAUGGCCUUUCUCUAUUAUGCUUGCCUCAGAAGAAGUGUCUUGCCUCUGCAGACCUCCUGUUACAACGGGCUAGGAGCACAAGGAGUCAGAAUUGUGGGUCUUGGUGAAACCUGUAUUCUGCCAUUGUAUUGAAAUAAACCAAAGAGAUUUACGGUGAGGUUGCCCUGAGCACAGGAUGCAGCAUAUUAACAUGAUAUGGAGAUGUUAGGCUAGGGUAGACAAAGUCGGAAGUCCCACGACACCAGGUUGUUGUCCAACAGGUUAAUGUAAAAUUACAAUCUUUCUGAGCACUGCUGCUUUGUCAAGUGAAGUGCACUUCACGUGACGAAGAAGCAGUGCUACGGAAGUUUGUGACUUUAAGUAAAUCUGUUGGACCAUAACCUGGUGGUAUGUUAACUUGCAAGAUGUUUUGUACAAAAUGAAUAAUUCCCAACUUCUAGUACUUAAGCAAAUGUAAAUUGUGCCACCUGCUUUCUGAGCUAAGCAUCCCACAAAAGAUUUGAUGUGAAAUGAGACCUAAGGAGAUUUCCUUUUAGAUAUUCAAAGAUCUAACCUGUUUCAUGACCUAACAACAGUACCUGCCUUCAGUAAAUAUGAUCAGGUUUUCAAAUUUUCACUGCUAAAAAAGCCUUCGAAAGCACAGUGUUUCACGAUGACAAUUGAGACUAAUGUAGGGAGCAACAGCCCAUUGGUAUAAGAUGACCACCAUAUCAAACUGCCUCAAAGAAUCAUUGGUACUUUGACCAACCCUGUGGGCUAAAUUCUUUCUGUAUUCAUAUAUGCCUUAUUUUUGCACUUUGUAAAUAUAUGUAUUUUCUCAUGGUGUACCAUUUAACACAAUAAAAAUUUUGCUUUGUGUAUAUAACGGCAAUAGUUUAGAAGCCAAAGUAUUAAAAGAAAAGCUACAUAAACAUUAAAAAAAAUGUUUUGGAACUGGGUGUUCUUAAUAAAUCAAGUAUCAUGAUACAA